ACGGCAGCAAUGCUUGAAACUCCGAGAAAAUUAUUAGAGUAAUUCGGCAUUAGAUUUCAUUCGCUCUUUCUCGCAGUCUCACUUCCUGCUCCGAAACUUAAAAAUGUAAAGUGCACUAACGGAAACGACGUCAUCGCUUUAGAUUUCUCAGAGUUCAUAAGAAGAAAGUGACUGUUUGACUCCUGGAAUAUGAAGCGGAAGCGCGGGCACAAGAAAGGAAAGCCAAAAGGGCCUCCGGUGGUGGUUAAGAAUGAGGCAUCUGUAAAUGCUGUGACCGUACAUGCGGAAGUUAAUUCUGGUUUGGAUGGGUAUGGUAAUGGUACCAAAUAUGACUCUGGAAUGGAGGUUGAUACGCCAUCUUCAACGGGGACUGAUCAGCCACAUAAUGUUGCAAGUAUUAAGCCUGAUGGUUCAAUUGAUAAGGCAGUGGGAAAGUCAGUUGGACGUGUAAAAGUGAAGCUGAGGGCAAGUAAGACGUUGGAAUCUCAACAUACUUCUUCUGAUGCACCCACGCAAAGUGAUACAGAUAAGAGUAGCCAGCAACUGUUGGAAAGACAAGGCAUGGGUAUGGAGAAAAUGGAGGAUAGUGCGAACUCAUUGCCUAUUGGUGUUUUGGGAAAUCCAGCUAAAAGAGCUGGGAGUAUCAAGAUUAAGUCGUCAAAGGUCUUGGGCAAUUCAGGUGGUUAUCAGAGUAGUAGUGCUGUAGUGGUACAGGGUGAGAACCCACACCAGGAGGAACCAAAGGUACUUCAUCAGGAUACUCGAUAUAUUAAGCAAGAACUAGACACUGCCUUGAUGGUGAUAAAGAAGGUAAUGAAAAUGGAUGCGGCCGAACCUUUCAAUGUCCCUGUGGAUCCUAUAGCUCUGGGAAUUCCUGAUUAUUUUGAUGUCAUAGAUACACCGAUGGAUUUUGGAACGAUAUGCAGCAAUCUUGAAAAUGGCGUCAAGUACAAGAACUCGGAGGAUGUGUAUAAGGAUGUACAGUACAUUUGGGAAAACUGUAAUAGGUAUAACAAUAAGGGUGACUAUAUUUUGGACCUUAUGCGGCGGGUGAAAAAGAAUUUCAUGAAGUAUUGGACAGCUGCUGGUUUAUACGGUGAACAACUGCGAGGAACCAAGGGGGUUGAAAGCAUCCAAGUGGAGGACGUUGUGCUGUCUAGUCUGGGAAAAGUUCCAGUGAAAGGUGGUCAAUCAAAGCAGAAGACAGGAAAACGUCAUGGAAGGCGCCAUAAAAGUGAUUGUUUAUGUGCAAUAUGUGUUCUAAAGCGCCGCAGGAAGGAGCGUGAGGAGAAUGCUCGACUUGCGAAAGGCCAUAUAGGAGCUACUGAUAAUAAUUAUGCUCAGGAGACUAAGCAAGAGAAAUCUCUACUUGUGGAAAGCCCUUGUGCUGAAGAUUCAUCAUCCAAUGCUGAAUCACUAGAUACAGAUGCAAAUGCGGAGGUAGAAGAGAAAGUAGAGGAAGUGAAAUUGGAGGUUAUGGAGAAGAAGCUUAACACUUCAGAGGAGAAGCAUGGGAAGGAGGAGGAAGAGGAGGAGGAAGAGGAAGAAGAAGAGGAGGAGGAGGAAGAGGAGGAGGAAGAGGAGGAAGAGAAUGAGAUGGAGAUUCAAAAGAAAGAUGGGAAUGAAACGCCAGAGCAGCCACAGUUUGGUGAUAGAUCAGGGGAGGUCCUUGAUAGGCAACCUAAGCUAAGAAUUGUGGAGAAGUCUGGUGUUGGGGUCCUAAUUGAUACACAGAAAGAAGAUUCAUUAAUGAGACAUGAAGCCAGAAGUGCAGUGGUUCAGCAACAGAAACAUAAGGAAUCACUAGAAAAGCACAAAAAGGUUGAAGCGUUAAAGAACUUCCAUCUUGAAAAUCCUGUUCUCUUGGACUUAUGUGGAAUUCUAUUCCCUGACAACCAGAAGUCUGUCUGGAGUGGACCCCAUUCGCUUAAUCAGCAUCAUCGUUCUGCUCGCACUAGUUCCAUCCGUGCAGCGAUUCAGACGUUCAUGAAGUAGGUGCUUUCUUUAAUGCAUAUAUACGUCCUAUCUAACUGUUGUAUCAGUCUCAGGGAUCUGAGGUAAGAAAAUAGAUGGAUAAUUUCCUUUUACACAAUAAUGUUUUAUUUUGUAAUUAUUACCUAGCCUAUAACAUGGAUGCCUUA